CUCCUUACUAAAAGGAGUAUGUCGUAACCAAGAUGGCGGCGGGGGAACAACUUUUUGUGAAGAACUUGUAGUUUUUCGAUAUUUAAAGCUGUAGAGAGGUCGUAAUUUUAGGUUUAGCGGUUUAGAUUGAAGGAUGUUGAAGGAUGGCGGCUGCUGGAGUCGAUGACAGCGCUGUGAUCGCCACUAAUGAUGAUGCAGCGAGCUGCAAAAGGUUUGCAGUACAGCAGGGUUACUGGAAGGAUCCCUACAUCCAACACCUGGUCAGGCCAGGGGAGAGGAAGGCACCUGAAAUCAACAGAGGAUACUAUGCAAGAACCCAGGGGGUUGGUCAGUUGCUGGAUCAGUUUCUACAACUGACCAAUUGUCAGUGUCAGGUGGUCAGUCUUGGGGCCGGCUUCGAGACUACCUACUGGAGACUUAAGGAUGAGGGUCUACUUCCAAGAGGUUACUUCGAAGUUGACUUCCCAGCUGUAACAUCCAGGAAGUGCCAUUAUAUCAGAAGCCGCCCACCUUUGUCCAAACCACUCACAGAGGGGGGUGGCCAGCUGCAAAUAGAAGGAGGAACGCUGCACUGCUCCAACUACCACAUCCUGAGUGGGGACCUCAGAAACACAGAGGAACUCAAUGCUUCUCUCACCACAGCAGGAAUAGACAAAAGCUUGCCGACACUGUUCGUGACGGAGUGUGUUCUGGUGUAUCUCACGCCUGAUCAGUCCUCCAAGCUGGUACGCUGGGCUGCCGACAACUUCCCCACCGCCAUGUUUGUUAACUACGAACAGGUAAACAUGAAGGACAAGUUUGGACAAGUCAUGGUCGAGAACUUAAAGACCAGACAUUGUCACCUGGCAGGGGUGGACCUGUGUGCUGAUGCAGAAUCUCAGAAGCAGCGGUUCCUGUCUGUAGGCUGGGAGGGGGGUGACCUGCUGGACAUGUGGACAGUGUACCACAGUCUUCCACAGCAGGAUGUACAGAG